AUGAUGCUGAAAGUGACAGAACCGCAGGAUGACAAGAACCACCUGGUAAACGUCGCCGCCGCCGCCGCCGCUGCCGCGGCGUCCAUCGCAGACAACGAGAGGAAGCUGAAGGAGGUCAACCAGUUUCGGCUGGUCGCGUUUCUGUCGAUCGCCUUCAGCACCGUCACCCUGGUGCUAUGCAUUGUCAGUGUCCCAUGGAUCUAUAGCCACAUCCAAGUGGUUCAGUCUGAGCUGGACGUUGAGAUGCUUUACUGCAAGUUUCGUUCGCACGACCUCUGGAAUGAAGUCGGUCAGCUGAUCAACGCCAAGGGAGAAGAGGUCAGUUCCCGACGGCGGACACGCGACGUCAAGGGUGUGUGGUACUACGGACGGUACGAGAAACCGGCCAUGGCGCAACACGCAAAUCCUCAACAGUCGAUCAUAGGCGGAGGCAUGCCCUUUGUUGGCGGAUGCGGAGGCGCAGUGCCUUGUGGACCUGUCGAAACGGUGCAUAAGUUUGUCCGGCCAGACGGUGGAUCACAGACAUGUGAGCAUACAGUCAAAAACUUUAAAUACAUGUACGGUAGUGUGAAGAAGCAAAUACAUUCUUCACAAUUUGCUAGCCAUCCGGUAACACGUUUUCCCCUCUACUAG